AUGAAACCUCCGUGCCAUAACAGACGAGCCUUGGAACUUUCAACUGUCUUGAGGGAGCACCUAACGAACUUGAAAAAUUUCUUGUGGCUCUAUACAGAUGUUCCCAGUAACCCAGAUGACACUAAGCAUCCCAGCAACCCCGUUGGUGGUCACUGGACCAAUGCAGCUGAUCGAGCAGCGCAAAACAUUGGUAAGGGGGCAUACCAUUCACGAUGCCUGCGGAGCUGGGCAAAGGCCUACAUCAAUAAUAGAAACACACUACCUCACCGAAAAGUGCCACAGCGAUACUCCCGCAUUGAUGAUGAAGACCUCGCAGCCGAACUACAGCUGCAUCUCCAGAGUGUGGGGAAGUCAGUCUGCGCACAGGAUAUUGUUGAUUACCUUGGUGUACCUGAGAAUGGUGUCCAUCUUGGCAUCAAGAAGUUGAUAUCAUUGAGAACAGCAGACCGAUGGAUGUCGCACCUGGGUUAUCGCUGGCAAAGGGAGCCACAGGGACAAUACACAGAUGGCCAUGAGCGUGAGGAUGUUGUUUGCUACCGCAACAACAUAUUUUUGCUGGCAUGGACUCAUUAUCAGUGCUACAUGCGAAAAUGGAAAACUGACAACAUUACCUUGGAGGAUUUGUCAGAAGUCGAGUCUUCUGGGCGCCGCACCAUCAUGUGGUUCCAUGAUGAGUCAAUGUUCUAUGCAAAUGACCGGAGAAAAGUUCAUUGGGUCCAUGACUCAGAAAGCGCCUUACCUCAACCAAAAGGGGAGGGUGCUUCUUUGAUGGAGAGCGCUUGGGUCCUGUUCAAAGCUGGAAGGGCACGAGAUGGUUAUUUCACAAACCAGGAGAUUGUGGCGCAGGCUGUGAAAGCGAUGGAUAUCCUGCAAAAAGAUUAUCCAGGCGAAGACCAUGUGCUUGUCUUUGACAAUGCAACGAUGCACCUCAAACGUGCCGAUGACACUUUAGCUGCUCGAAAAAUGCCGAAGAAUCUGUCGCAGUCGUUUGGACCAUCUGCAAGUGUCAAGGAUGCCAAUGGAAAGGCCGUACUUGGUCCAGAUGGCAAACAAGUAAAGGAAAAAAUUCAAAUGAUAGAUGCAACACUACCGAAUGGGGAUCUGCAACCUCUCUAUUUUGCAGAGGGACAUGUAAAGGCUGGGUGGUUCAAAGGCAUGGCUCAGAUACUUGUUGAGUGCGGGUAUGAAAAUGCCCCUCACCUUUGA